UUUAAGUUAUUACUUUGCUUGCUGUUCCCUUAAUUUUAAUUCAUGUCCCUCACUGCUGGGGUUCGCUAGAUUAAAGAGUUUAUCUAGGCCUGCUUCUACAAUCCCAUUUGAAGUCUUAAACUUCAAUCAUAUUCCACUGUUCAGCUGUACUGUGGGAGGGUCAAGGGCUUUGUCAUAAGUGUUAAAUGGGAGUGUCUGGAAGCUGGGAGAGAUCUUAUCCGCAUAGUCCCUCCUGUCAGUCCACUAUCUUACCUUGUAGUGAUCCCUGGCCUCCUUCCAACCUUAAAAUACAUUGGGGGCCUGAUUGUGCCCAUAUCUGUUUUGGAUCCCAUUGGUUGUUUGUACACUCUGGUGUAAAAUGGAAUCUGGAGUGCUUGUAGCCCUGGAGAUCAGGUUCUGAUCUAGCCAGGGCCUUGUCUACAUUAAGAUGUUUCCCUUACGGUUACCAUGGUUGCUACCAUUGAUUCAGCUCCACUGGUGGCAAUAAUAGGGGGAGUACUAAAAUACACAUGGUAACCACCACAUCCUCUACAGCUGCUCUCAGGAGAUUUAGACAACACAAUGGUUAAAAUGCUGUCAGCGGCCUGAAGACCUGUCUAUAGCACUUCCAAUUAUUUUAAUGAAAAGUAAUUAGUGUCUUCAGUAAUAUAUAGCAUAUAGGACCAUCGCUAUGACAGUCUAUCUUUGGGAGUGUUCCUCUAUCACUGAUACUCAGGCUGCUCUUUAGUUAGUGAAAUUAUUUUUUUAAAUGUAUCUCCCUUGAUAAAUAUGGUGGGUUGAAAUCACGGGGGGAAAUGUUUUCCUAACUUGAACCUGCUUUGCUCACCCAGAGAAUCCAAAAUAUACUCUGAGAUAUAUAUGAGCCCUCAAGCUCCGUGACAUUUGCUUAUCCCUAGCUAUUGCUUUUGACCGUGAGGUUUUGGUUUGUGGAAUGUUAGUAUGUUUUAUACAGGAUGCUUCUGGUGAGGAGAGAAAAAGCAGAGCAAAAAGUGGCCAGCUUGGAGAAGAAGUUGGCAGAGGUCACAGACAAGUUAUCCUCUUCCAUGAAUAUAGAUAUCAAAGGACAAGAAGAUCCUUUGGGAUUUUUAGUAAUAAAGUUUCCAACACUCUUGAAGGAACAUUCACUAGAAAAGACAAGAAUUGCACUUCUUGAAAAAGCCUUGGCCACUCAAGAAAUGGAGCUUAAAGCUAGUAGGGAAACAAUAGUGAAUCUUGUUUCAGAAAUGAAAAAGGAGCAAAAAACAGCAGCUGGCCACACUGAACAACUGGCAAUACUAAAGAAGGAGAAGGAUGAGGCUGUAUUGACCAAGAAGACCUUUGAAAGGAAUAACACCAUUCUCUUAGAAAGAUUGAAAGACAAACAAAUAGCUUGGGAUAACUGUUGCCAAGAACUGCUCCAUAAAGAGAAAAAAUUCACUGAGUUAGAUAGAGCUCUGCAUGCCUCCAUGUAUGAGACUAAAACUACACAGACCCUAUAUCAAACCUUCAUCAGUCAACUGGCUACACUCCUGAGCAACACCUUUAUAACUGUGGCUGGGACAGAGAAAGCUAUUAAAGAAAGGAUACAAGAAAUCUGUGACAGUGAACAUUCUUGGAAAUCUAAAACUGAUGAGCUGCAGCAGAAAGUUCUGUCACUAACCAGUCAGCUAGAGCAGCAGCGUGAUCUAUAUCAUGAGGCGCUGAGUAAAUCCUACAAAGCUGAAGAAGUGCUUCAAAAACAAAAGGGAUCCCUAAAGCGCGUGGAAAAAAAGCUUGCUGCAGAAGAUUUGCUCUUAGAGAGAUUUAUCUCUGAAAGGAAGAAACACAUGGAAUUUCUACAAGAGCUGACAGAGAAGCUACAGAUUAAUCAGGUUAGCUCACCAGAAAGUCUGCACUGCCAAUAUGAAAUGCUCUUGGACAAAGCACAACAGCUCAGUAAACUGGAUACAGAAUAUCUUAUUGAGAACAAGAACUGCAUCUUUAAUUUGCAGAAGAAGAUAAAUUCUCAAAGGGAAAAAAUCAAAAUGAAGAACUGGCAGAUAGAACAACUGACAGAGAAGAUCAAACAGUUCGAAAAAGGAAAAGAGCAACAGGUCUGCUUGAAUGCUGGGCAGGAGCCACAGAGCCUGAAAGCCCAGAAAGAAUCCGAGAAACUUCAGGAACAGCUUCGUGAAAUGAAAAUGUCAAAUCAAACUCUCCAGGCAAAAUUUGUGAGUGUAAAUGAUCUCAAAAACAAAACCAUAGAAGAACUCAGUAAAUCUUUGGAAAAAGUUGAAAAGAUUAAGGAGAAAGCAGCUAGAAAGGUGGUCAGUUUGAAAACAGAACUAGACUACACAGAACAUGAGGCAAGGAAGGAGAAAGAGAGGGCCCAUCAUAUGUUGGAAGCAGUCACUAAUGAGCUCCACAUAGCAAAAAGAGCACUUGAAGAAGUAGCAAGAAGAGAAAAACAGCUUGUUGACUUUAGAGAAGCCAUUACGAAGAUUAUGGGAUUUCGCAUAAAUACAUUGGCUAUAUCAGACAAGGAGAUCAUCAGACAACUAAAGCAACUUAUACAAGCCUAUGAAAUUUCUAAAGUUACUUCUAACAAUGAAUCAAAAUUUUCGUGUGGUUUUACAACUGGAUUUGAGAAUCAGUAAUGUGUAUUUUGCUUCUUCUGAACACAACCUAGAUUUUAGAGAGGAUUUCUAGAUUUCUGUAAUAUCAUAGGUAUCAUAAUCUAGUGAUUAGCGCACAGGACUGGAAGUCUGGAUUAUAUUCCUGGUUCUGUCACUUAAUUGCAAUGAUACCUUGGGCACUCUCUGGCUCAGGUUCCCUAGACAAUACUUAUCUGCCAUAAAUUGGUGUUCUGAGCCUUAAUUAUUUGUUUAAUGCUUUGAAAUCCGUGGACGAAAGUCUCCAUAUAAGGAUAAAGUAUCAUUAUAUUAACUUUGACAAAUCAUCAAACAAUUUUUGAAGAGUACCACCUACUAAAUAAUUUAAGUGUAUUAUUUUCACCAUGAUCUAUAGUACUUAAAAAAAAGGCAUGCACGAUAUCAGGGGUCGGCAACCUUUCAGCAGUGGUGUGCCAAGUGUUCAUUUAUUCACUCUACUUUAAGGUUCCGCGUGCCAGUAAUACAUUUUAACGUUUUUAGAAGGUCUCUCUCUAUAAUACAUAAUUAAACUAUUGUUGUAUGUAAAGUAA